AUGCCGUCCGACGAAGCUCCGGCGUUUAGCUCUCUUCAUUCUAAUGGAAAAAUGACGCCGUCGUCCAUAAGGGGAAGUGGAUCGGAUAACCGGCUUCUAGCUGGUUACUUGGCUCACGAGUUUCUGAUAAAAGAGACGCUGUUCGGAGAACAAUUUGAGCCGGUUCGAGUAAAUUCGGCUGUACGGCUUCCGUCAGCUGGUAAGCCGCCGGUGAGGAGGAGGUCAGAGGGCAGUGGCAGCCGGAGUUUUGAAAUGGAAGACGAGAUAGAUAAAGGGUCGGCGAAGAAGAUGGAUAGUCGGAGUUAUUGA